AUGUCGUUACAGGAUUUGAUACCCGUGGUAAACAAACUUCAGGACAUUGUGACCACAACCCAACUAGCCGAUUUAGAUUUACCCAUCUUGGCUGUGGUGGGGUCUCAGUCCUGUGGUAAAUCGUCGGUGAUUGAGAACAUAGUGGGUAAAGACUUUUUACCAAGGGGUACUGGUAUUGUAACAAGAAGACCUUUAGUGCUUCAGUUGAUCCACGUGAAUCCUACAGAUCCCAUUGUUAAGGAACAAUCUGAAUCAAUGUCAAAUGGCACGUCUAUUGGUGGUCAUGGAUUUAAUGAUGAUCACCUGUCAUCGUCUAACGUUGAAACAUCAGAAAUUGACUUGGAAGAGCAUUUACGUAGACACGCUGCUACCACCAGCACCACUAAUAAUGGUACAGCAUCCACCUCCACAGGCAAUCCCGUGUCUUCUUUUGCUCCCCUUCUUGAAUGGGGUGAGUUUUUACAUAUUCCAAAUAAGAGAUUUUACAACUUUAAUCAAAUUAGACGUGAAAUUGAAUCCGAAACAGCUAGAAUUGCUGGCCAAAAUAAAGGGAUCUCUCGUUUGCCAAUCAACUUGAAAAUUUAUUCACCAAAUGUACUUAACUUGACAUUAGUUGAUUUACCAGGUAUCACAAAGGUUCCAGUUGGUGAUCAACCAGGUGAUAUUGAACGUCAAACUCGGAAUUUGAUUUUAGAAUACAUUUCUAAACCAAAUUGUAUUAUCCUUGCUGUAUCUCCCGCUAAUGUUGAUUUGGUUAAUUCAGAAUCACUUAAAUUGGCUCGUCAAGUUGAUCCCACAGGGAAACGUACAGUGGGUAUUUUAACUAAAUUGGACUUGAUGGACCAAGGAACGAAUGCUUUAGAUAUCCUUAAAGGCAACAUAUAUCCCUUGAAACUUGGAUUCAUAGGUAUUGUUAACAGGUCACAACAGGACAUAUCUGAGAACAAAGCUUUGGAAGAUUCACUCUACGCUGAACAUCAAUUCUUUCUUAAUCAUCCAGCUUAUCGUUCAAUUUCAAACAAAUGUGGAACCAAAUACUUAGCACAGACUCUUAACCGGAUCUUGAUGAACCACAUCAGGGAAAGGUUACCAGAUAUCAAAGCCAAGUUAAAUACUUUGAUGGGUCAAACUGAACAAGAAUUAGCCAGUUAUGGUGAUUUUUCACUACUUGACACUUCUAAGGAGUCUCGAGGUGCACUUGUGCUCAAUUUGAUGACUAAAUUUGCCACUUCAUUCAUCAACUCUAUUGAAGGAACAAGUGUAAAUGAAGUAUCCACAAAGGAAUUGUGUGGUGGAGCUCGUUUAUACUUCAUUUAUUAUGAAGUGUUUGGAUCACAAUUGGCGGCAAUCAAUCCAACUCAUAAUUUGUCUAUAAGUGAUAUUCGAACUGCUAUCCGUAAUUCUACCGGCCCAAGACCUUCUUUGUUUGUUCCUGAAUUGGCGUUUGAUUUACUUGUUAAACCUCAAAUCAAAUUAUUGGAAGAUCCUUCAAAGAGAUGUGUGGAACAAGUUUACGAAGAAUUAAUGAAAAUCGUCCACAAUAUCUGUUCAACAGGUGUAGGUAUUGAGUUGAAUAGGUAUCCAAAGCUUCAAAGUAAACUUAUUGAGGUUGUAUCUGAUUUGUUACGUGAACGGUUAGGACCAACGAUCAAAUAUGUUGAAUCAUUGAUUGAUAUUCACAGAGCUUACAUUAACACCAAUCAUCCAAACUUUGUUGGUGCUGCAAAGGCCAUGAGUAUGGUUGUGGAUGAAAGACGCAAACUGAAGGAACAAGAACUGCAACGUAAAAUGAAGCUUACUAGUGAAAGAAUUCUUUUGAAGAACUCUACCAAGGUACCUGAUUCACCAGAUCUGCAACCUAAGGAAUCAGGUGAUGAAGUUACUUCAGAUGAUCAAGCCAUUUAUGAUAUUAAUCAAGUUGAUGACUAUGUCAAGCCAGUUAAGCAACUUCGAAAUGGUAGCCAUUCCAUUAGGUCAUCUGAUGUUAACUCUACUGUGUCUAACACAAGUUACCAACAUGAAUCAUAUUUGAAUUACUUUUUUGGUAAAGAUCCUAUAUCCCAACAACAACAUUUGGCAGCUCAAGCUCAAUUGAACCCCACUCCAUUUAAAUAUCCCAACUCAGUGGAAGCACCAUUGCAAUUUAAUUCCAACUUUACCCAUCAAAAUGGAGCUGUUCAAAUGAAUGGCAGUGUUCAAGUUUCUCUUGAAAACGGACAAGCACACGAACAUGAACAUAUGGCUGAAGAGAUGGCCCGGGUUUCCAUGGAGGAAAGUAUGGAAUAUGAUCGUUCCUUCAAUGAUUUGAGUGAAAGAGAACAAAUGGAAUGUGAAUUGAUCAGACGAUUAAUUGUAUCCUAUUUCAGUAUUGUGAGAGAAAUGGUUCAAGAUCAAGUGCCUAAACUGAUUAUGUGUUUAUUGGUGAACUUCAUUAAAGAAAAUAUUCAAAACAGAUUGGUGGUGAAAUUGUACAGUGAACAAUUGUUUGAUGAGUUACUUCAAGAGGAUGCCACCAUUCAAAUUGAAAGAGAAAAGUGCAUUGACUUAUUGAAAACUUAUAGAGAAGCAUCCAGAGUCAUUAGUGACGUGGUUUAA